AACAGGAAAAUAUGGUUCAUGAGGGCUUUAUGACAUAUGACUGCACUUUAGCUGUGUGCUGUGAAUAUAGCCAAAGUUUUCCAUGGUGCGGCAUGCGAAAUCACUGAAUCUUAUUCAGCCAAUAACUGUAUGUACCCGACAGGAUGCUACGUCGUAACCUUUUUGUCAACGAAUAUGCCUCAUAUGUCGCGGAAUCUCAUGAUGACAUAUUAUUCUACAAUAUGUUGUUGUGCUUGUAGUUGGCGGCUGUAUGUUGUCUGCAUUAUCCUUGAAAACUGUAUCUGAAAGUAACACGCAAGAUGACUUCAAUGUUUGAAACACGUCACCCAAAGGACAACGCAAAUUUCAUAUCAAAAAUCAUACUUUGGUGGAUUUUCCCACUGUUAUUUAAAGGCAUCCGUAAUCCACUAGAACACAAAGACCUUCACGCCAUCAGAGAGGUGGAAAGAUCGUGUCAGCGGACUUGCCGGUUGGAAGAAAUAUGGCGACAAGAAGUGAAAUCCGCUCGAAGCUUGGGCCGGAAACCCAAACUCUGGAGAGCGAUGUUUAGAUAUUUUACUUUCCUGGAGUAUUGGAAUUUUGUGCCCGUCGCGUCCGCCUAUCUCCUGGGCGACAAUAUAACAUGGUAUUCGACAAUCAGCCUUUUGCACAAGCUUACUAGUUUUAAUGGGAACGCUUCUCGUCUCGAUUGUUUCGUUUACGUCUACGGAAUUGCUUUGGGAUCUGUGAUUAAACUGUUUGGUCAAAAUCAUUUGCAUCUACACGGUGCUGUUUUAGGUGUGCGGGCAAGAGCAGCUAUCUUAGGUUUACUGUAUAAAAAGGUUCUGCGGCUCAGUAAAAUAUCUCUGGACAGCGGUCAUGUGAUGGAGUUAGUGUGCAAUGACUCUCAGCGAAUAAUAUUCUGCAGCGCUGAAUGGUUCAUUCCGUAUGCGAUCAAACAUGCUCUGUGGUGCACGUGCCUCGUGCUAUGGUUAUUGCACUUCAUCGGCUGGCAAAUUAUUCCAGGUGCCGUGUUCCUAUUGGCUCUCGGUAUUUCGCGCUUAUUUCUGAAUACAUUCGACUAUAAAUUACGUAAGGGUGCCUCGCAAAUGUCCGACGAACGUUUGGGGGUCAUACGGGAAACGCUGACCGCAAUGGCCUCUGUGAAACUGAACUGUUGGGAUGCGAUAUACGAAAAUAAGAUUCAGAAGACUCGAUGGCAAGAGAUAAAGUACAAAGCCAAGCGGUGGAUCGUAAUGUUGACAUGCUACUCUUUUAUUUCUUGUGGACAACAUCUUGGUACGAUCAUAACCGUCUUAGUUCUGGUGCUCACAAAAAUGCCCGAUAUCCCGUACCUGAAUUUCUUUGCAAUGAUUGCACUAUUUCGUGAACUAAGUGAAAAGUUAUGCCUGUGUUUGCCUACAUCAAUACGUUAUAUUACUGACGUCAGAACCGCCUUACAACGAAUGGAAUCAUUUCUUCAACAAAAUGAUCACUUGAAUCUUGAGCCCGAUAUGAACAGCUCGCUAGGAUUAAGUUUUGGCUUUGGAAGAGUUUUGAAUGAAGCAAGUUUAAAAGUAGAUGCUCUUGCGGCGAAAACAUCCGAGUUUCCUAUUGAAAGGGAACAAAGAGCACCCCUAAAAAGAAAAGAACCAUUUUCACAGAGAGCCAGUAAGUCACCAUAUCUUAGUUUACGCAAUGUAACCUCAAAAUUACCCAAGCAAGCCACACACCUCUUCUUAGAAACCAACAACACGGCAAUUUUGAAUGACGUCACAUUUGAAGUAGCCACUCCAGGUUUGGUGUUGGUUUGCGGUCCAGUGGGCAGCGGUAAAUCAUCGCUAUUAGAAACCGUUCUGGAUGGGGAGCUCCUUGUAACAAAAGGCGUCGUGAGGCACUCGGGAUCUCUCGCCUAUGUUUCGGAAACGCCAUGGGUAUUUCCUGGGACUAUUCGUGAGAACAUAUUAUUUGGUUUACCCUACGAAGAAAACAGGUAUACGGAAACAUUGAGAGCUUGUCAAUUGGAAAAAGAUUUGAAAACAUUACCAAUGCAGGAUUUAGCUGUUAUUGGAGAACACGGUGCGACGGUGAGCGGCGGACAGCGGACACGGAUUGCUUUGGCACGCGCCGUGUACUCGCAGGCUGAUAUAUAUUUACUGGACGACCCGUUAAGUUCGUUGGAUGCAAAAGUAGCGGAAAAUAUUUUUCGGUAUUGUAUUCGAGGAGUUUUAGCAAACCGAAUAAUCCUUCUGACAUCAAACGGCACGAAAUAUUACAACGAAGCAGAUCACAUUGUUCAUUUGAAAGGAGGCAAAAUCGAGGGGCAAAAAAAUGACAUGAAGUUUCCUGAUUUCGAUUUGAAGAAUAAGAGCGAAAAGCAACACGAAAAAAUGGCGGCGUGGAACGAUUUUGACGAGCAGAAGGAAAUGCGGCCGCUAAAAGUGGAGGAGGAAUGGCGUGAAAGAGGAAGAGUGUCAUUUAACGUUUACAAAGAGUAUUUUUUGUUUGGUGCGUCAGCAUUAGUAUUGUUUAUUAUUGCUGUGGUAUUCCUCUCUGGUCAAGGUUUGAUUGUUUUGGUGGACAUUAGUGCUUCUCGCUUACCCACGAUAGCUGGAGAAGGCGGGGAGAAUUUCAAUCACGCAUUACUGAUCUACGUGCUUUAUCUCAUUGCUGGUGUUGUACUGGUUGUCCUGGGUACUCUGUUCAUUUUUUUGGUUUUAAUGAACGCAGCUUAUAAAGUCCACAACAAGAUGGUCACGUGCCUCCUGAAAGCGCCAGUAUCGUUCCACGCCAUCAAUCCGGUUGGACGAAUUUUAAACCGGUUUUCUCAGGACAUCAACAGCCUCGACGACCUUUUGCCAUUCUACAUCUUCCUGGUGUGUAUCUAUGCCGGGCCAACCAUCGCGACGGUGUUGCUAGCUAUUAUCACCACACCUCUCUUAAUCAUUCCUGUUUUACUGGCUCUGCCUGUCUUUUAUUACUUCUCAAAAGUGUAUUUUACGUCUGGGACCGACAUAAAACGGCUCAUGUCCAUCGCUGGUAGUCCUAUUUAUUCACAUUUCUCAAACACAAUGGAAGGCUUAAAAACCAUCAGAGUUUAUGGAAGCCAAAAAAGGUUUACAGAUGAAGCGUUCAGACGUAUCGACGAACACCACAGAGCGGUGCUUUGCAGUUAUGUAGCCAUUCGGUGGUUUGCAAACGUUUUCAGCAUUAUCUGCGUUUCGCUCGCAACAGUUGUAACUCUGAUGGUUGUGUUUUUAACAAAGGACUCUUUAACUGCAGCAUUAGGUGCGGUAACUAUACUGUAUACAGUCAACACGACACAAAUGAUCGAUUAUGUUGUCCGGGUGACGAGUGACGUCAAUUCACAGAUGACGUCAGCGGAGCGUGUGCUAGCCUAUACAAAGAUUGAACCUGAGUGCGGGCAGGAUGAGCCCAAAACGCCUCCUGAAAAUUGGCCACAUGCGGGCGAGGUUGUGUUUAAGGAGGUUUCACUUUCGUAUUACAAAGGCGGUGCCGAUUCUUUGAAGAACAUUUCGUUUAAAAUAAACUCAUCGGAGAAAGUUGGAAUAGCUGGGAGGACUGGUGCGGGAAAAUCAUCCGUAGUGGCGGCGCUUAUGCGCCUCGCAGAAACCCGGGGAGAGAUUAUGAUUGAUGAUGAAAAUAUCAAAAACUUCAAUACACUUUCAACCCGCGAACAUAUUUCAGUAAUCUCGCAAACACCGACCUUGAUGAAGGGAACAGUGCGACUGAAUCUAGACCCGUUACACAAACACACAGACGCAGAGUUAUGGAACGUUUUAGAACGGGUAAAACUUGAUUCCGUUAUCAAAAAUCUACACAAAAAACUCGAGUCUGAACUGAACAUUGGCGACACGGGUUUUAGCGUCGGCGAAAAACAGCUGUAAAUCUCGCGCGAGUUUUACUCCAAAAUAAUAAAAUUGUGAUAUUUGACGAAGCGACAGGAAAGGUGGAUGAAGGCACG